GGGCAGUAUUUAGAGAUAUAUCCGGUGGCCAUUUCUGGCGAGAGGGUGCAGCUCAUUUUCGUGUUUUGCUUUGAUCGGACAGUGCUCAAGAGUCAGCCGGGAUUCAACUUGUGUCUGUGUGUGCUACUAACUCGUGUCAGUCAGUCAGUCAGUCAUGGAAACAAUCAAGAAGAAGCUGGCAGCUCUGAAGGACGAGAAAGAGGCGGCCAUUGAGCGAGCAGAGGAAGCGGAACAGCUUCGGAAAGAGUCGGAGGCCAAAUGCGAACAAGUAAGUUGUCGCUAAAGUAGGAAGCGGUGUAAGCCGUGG